AUGAAGACUGAUUCGGAGAAAAAUUGCGUUGUACCUGAUUUGAAUCGAUUUGCAGACGCCCUUGGACUUCAGACAUCCAAAACAUCUGAAAGACUCAACCAGAUAGACAGGGUUCGUGCUAACGGCGUUGGUGACCAUGUUGCGCUACCACAGCUAGUGGUAUGCGGGGAUCAGUCUGCAGGGAAGAGCUCGGUGCUAGAAGGUAUCAGUGGAAUUCCUUUUCCUCGCCAGGAUGGUCUCUGCACGCGAUUUGCAACCGAAAUUAUUCUCCGCCACGAACCAGGAGAACAACGUGCUACGGCCAUGAUUAUACCACAUGUCUCUCGCACGGACGAGGAAAAGUCCAGCCUUGGCGCAUUCCACCGCAACAUCAGUGACUUCACAGAGUUGCCAAUUAUUGUUGAAGAAGCAAGAAGCAUAAUGGACAUUCAUGGACAUGGUAUUGGGUCAAAUGCAUCAGCAUUUUCUGCGGAUGUUCUCCGCCUGGAAUUAGUCGGAAGCACGGGGCUACAUCUGACAAUGGUUGAUCUGCCUGGAUUAAUAUCUGUGUCCGAGAAUGAACAUGAUGUCCAGCUUGUUCGGGAUCUGGUGGAUUCAUAUCUGGAGAAUUCACGAACUAUUAUAAUGGCUGUUGUUCCCGCGAGCAGUGAUGUGGACACUCAAGGGAUACUUCAACGGGCUCGCCACUUCGACAAAACCGGACUUCGGACUGUGGGGGUCAUUACCAAACCUGAUCUUAUUAAUGCUGGCACAGAACCCCGUGUUGCACGUCUGGCGAGGAAUCUAGAUGGUGCAAAAUUGAACUUGGGGUUUUUUCUUCUCAAGAACCCUUCGCCUGCGGAAUUGGAAGCAGGGACCACACUCCCAGAGCGUCGUAAGGUGGAAUUGGAGUUCUUUUCUAGCGGAGCUUGGAAGGGGCAAGGCCUUGAUCCAUCGCGUAUAGGAAUAGAUAACCUGCGAUCAUUCUUGCAAGAUCUUCUCGACCAUCACAUUGAGCGUGAACUGCCCAAAGUCCGUCAGGAUGUGCGGCGCUUGUUGAAUGAGAUUAAUGAGGAGCUUGUCGACCUGGGAACAGAACGCAACUCACCAAACCAAAUUCGCGUGUACUUGACACGGAUCAGUAGUGACUUCCACAACUUGGUGAAGGCUGGAGUGGAAGGGGCCUAUGGUGGCCAUGACGCGGCCUUUUUUUACGUCAAUGGUGAGGAUAUCUCUGUUCGCCUUCGUGCAGCUGUACACAAGGAGAAUGAAAAAUUUGCUAGCUACAUGAGGCAGCAUAGUGAAAAAAGAAAAGUGGUCGCCUAUCAGAACUUGGAGGCGGAUGAAUCUCAGGAAGAGGAAGCUGAGAAAGGGCAAAUUCUCAUGACUGAGAAAGAAAUGACAUUGUGGGUUCAAGAGGUAUAUCAUAAAACACGGGGUCGAGAGCUGCCAGGCAACCGGAACCACUCCCUGCUUGCUGAGUUGUUUCAUACGCAGUCAGAGCGAUGGGGGGAUAUUAGCCGUCAGCAUGUGGAUGUUAUCGUAUCACUGGUGUCUCAAUUUGUCCAUGCUGCUUUGGCAUUUGUUGUUAAAGACCUUGAUGUCCGUGAAAGUUUAACCCAAGUGGUCAAUGCUGCCCUGGGCAUGAAUAUCCGAGAGGCACAUGCGGAGCUGAACAGGCUUCUUCAAGAUGAAGCACGCCAUCCGAUCACAUAUAACCAUUACUACACAGACAACAUUCAGAAGGCACGGCUUGAUCGCUCAAAGGGACACCUGAAAGAAUCUAUGGAUAGAGCAAUCAAUGAAGACUGGAAUAGGACAUCCCAUAUCAGCAAUACGCCCAACGAUAUCAACCGACUGCUGUCAUCUCUGCAAAACCGGCUGAUUGUGGAUAUGACUGAGCAGGCUUGCGCUGAUGCACGGACUGAUUUAGCUGCCUAUUACAAGGUUGCUAUGAAAACAUUUGUUGAUAAUGUGUGCCGUCAGGUCAUUGAGCGACAUAUUCUUGACAGGCUCCCAAUUGUUUUCAGCCCCAUGAUUGUCAGCACUUAUGCCGAUGAAGUAUUGCUUGACUUGGCCACUGAAUCACCCCAAGUCCGUCAACGUCGCACUGAGGCAUGUCGGCUGCGAGAGGCUAUAGAACGCAGCCUUCAAGAUCUUGGAAAUUGA